UCUUCCGGUCCCGCCCCUUUGCUGCCGGAAGUGUGAUGUGGCUGGCAGCGGGGCGCUAUGUCUGCGAUCUUCAAUUUCCAGAGUCUACUGACAGUAAUCUUGUUGCUCAUAUGCACCUGUGCUUAUAUUAGAUCCUUGGCUCCCAGGUUACUGGACAAAAAUAAAACUGGACCCUUGGGAAUAUUCUGGAAAUGCGCCAGGAUUGGUGAACGGAAGAGUCCUUAUGUAGCUGUGUGCUGUAUAGUGAUGGCCUUCAGCAUUCUGUUUGCACAGUAGCAAUUGAAGGAUGUUGGAUACCCCUUGCUACUGAACUGCAAUGGAUUAAAGGACUUGGGUCAGCAAAAGGGAUGAAAAGAAUGCUCUAGCUCCUCCCCUGGGUUGCAUGUACUAGAUGGGACACACUUGGCAAGCAUUUAUCUUUUCUUCUGUUAAUGGACCAUGGUGUGCGGUAUAGGUUAUCAAAAGACAGUUGUUCAGUUCCACAAUGUGACAUGUUUGUUAAUGCCGGUUUAAUACAACUGUCACUGCUGAAACAAAUUCUGCAAAAGUCAUCAAUAUGUAUUGUAUCCUGGGUUUCCAGUGGUGUAUUUUUAAGCCAUCCAAUUGGGGAAAAAGUGACUAAAUUCACUAAUUUAAUAGCUCUUUUCCUACAUGAUUUAAAAAAGAAAAGGCAAGUUUUGUACUGUUCUUUAUUGGGGAAUAAAAAAACAAACCCAUGACUGAAAAAAAAAAUGUGUUCACAAAAAUGCUUUCAGGUCCCUCCCUGUAAAUUCUUCUAAUGAAUUCCUGUCUGUGUCAUGGCCAACAUGUUUAUGUACACUAACCAUAAGACCUCCUAGUUUAAAUUAAAUCUGCAGUUUUUAAUUCCAUUUUCCACACUUGCAACAGUACAUGUUAAUCUAUGCGAGUCUUAAUAUUUAAAAAAAUAUUCAUAAAGUUAGGGGCCAUACUUGUAAAUCAUGUAAUUUCAUAUCUAACUGCCUGAUUGGAAUGUCUAUGUGUAGUUUGUGAGCUCAGACUAGUGUGUAUAUAAAUCAUAUGUGUGCAUUUUUAGAAGACAUUUUGACCUAAAAUGUUGGCUGUAUCAUUGGGGCCAACUCUCAUAGCAUUACAUGGGGGUGUGUUAGCUGUUUAUUACAAACAUUUUCUAAACUGCAGAUUUUAAAUCAUUCAUUUAAGCAGCCAUGAAAGUGCCAGUGUUCUGAAGGUUAAGAAAAACUAUUGUAACUAGAUGUAACUGCUGUGUAUCAGCAUUUGCACCUUGGGUUUAUCCUAUUGUUCCACAAGUUAUAAAUUAUACUAAUAUAGUGACUUAUUCUGAUAAAAUACUUGGAAGGUCUGUCUGUACCUGAAGGUUAUACAGUUUGAAGAAUUUUAUCCAUAUUAAAUAGUGUCUGUCACUUUGAAAAGCUAAGCUCUGUAAGUGACAUAAGCAAGCUGGUAAUAAAACAACUAGAAGAUGUACAAAAGUAACUACCUUCUUGUUUAGAAAAUCUUCUGGUUGCUAUAGUUUCCGAGAUGCAUUGAUGGUAGGUGCCCUGCAUCAUAGAAAGCAAGCAAUUAUUUAACUGUUAGGCAGGUUCAUACAUAGAUCCAAGUCGAUUCUCUUAUAUAGUUCUAAAUACUCAAAUCCCAUUUUUUGCCUCCAGAAUGCAUAUAUAAAUGAAACUUCAACAGACAAUGGGACAAAUUUUUGGCUGCCUUUCAUUGCUAAUUUAUGCUAAUUUAUUGGCCCUAUAUACAACCCCAAAUCAGAGGAGUACAGAGAUGUGCUGCUUCAUGUCACUUUCACUGGUGCACACACACAACCUGACCUACGUUGUGUGUAUUUUUGCUGGCCUUCAAGGUUUAGUCCUGUUUUUAAAUUUUGAGUUUUGCAACAAGAAGCAGUUACUAAACUUGUAACCAUAUAGUUUUGAUUUUAAAAUUCUUGCAACUGUAAUCUUACUCCUGGCACUUUCAAAUAGCCCAAAGUUUGGCUCAAACGUGCAUCAUAUACAAUCAAAUAAUUUAAGGAAUUAUUUGACAUAGCUGUUGUUUCUUGUCAAGAGAUUUGGUUUGUAGUAUUUAUAUUUUUUUUCCAAAAUGCUUUAAAUAAAACAAUAAUAUCCACAAACAACUCCAGUUCAGCUAUAUGACAACUCAUUUAAAUAUAUUACCAGUAUUUCAAGGUAACAGUAUGGUGAAAUAAAACAAAGCAUUGUUUUUUUUUUCUUUACUUUUGAGAAUCCAGAAGCAACAUAGCAAGCUAAUCAUUUUAAAGAGUUAACCUGAAAAAUCAUUUAUUUUCCUUUUCAGUAUGGUUAAAUUUACUCUCUAGUGCAUUCUUAUAGAAAUAAAACAACUUUCUGAACUUUA